AUUUCAUCAUGUUGCAUUGACAACUCUGCAUUUUUUGUUUACAUCGCUUCAAAAAAAAAAAUACAAUAAUUUAUUUUUGUACAUUUUAAGCUUAAAAUUCGUCUUAUAAACAAUGAAUUUGGAUCCUCAAGUAAAAACAAACAUUGAUCAAGCAUGUCGCACUGCCGAAGAUUUUACAAAGCUCUAUUACGAUUGUAUGGACAAAAAACGACAUCAAAUAUCUCGUCUUUAUUUGGACAGCGGAUUGUUGACAUGGAACGGAAAUGGAGCAGCUGGCAAGGAGAAUAUUGAAAAAUUUCUGCAAGAGCUCCCAACAUCAGAACAUACGAUAUCGACGCUGGAUGCUCAACCCGUAAUCGAUGAAGCUGUUGAAGCCCAACAAACUUUUAUUAUUGAGGUUUCGGGAACAGUUCGAUUUGAAAAUAAUCCAUCACGAAUGUUCCAACAAACGUUUAUGGUAACAGCGCAACAAGACAAAUGGAAGAUUGUGAGCGACUGUUUCAGGAUACAAGAUGCUCUUUGUGUCGAAAGAAAAUAAAAAAAUAAAUAAAAUAAUUUUUUUUUAAAUAAAAUUCAAUGUUCAGGUUAU